AUGCCUGGGAAGACUCCCAACGGUAACGGCAAGGAGCCCGUCGAGAACGGCGGGUAUUCCGGCAGCAAAGACAUCGAGAUGAAGGACGAGUCAUCACUAAAGGGAAAGGGCAAGAAGGCCCUCAAGGAGGGCGACGAUGAGAUGACAGUUGUCGUGCCGCCGUCCAAGAAGCAGUCCUCUGCACCACAACCGAAUGAUGGUGAUGGCGACGUUGCCAUGGAUGACUCUGACAAGGCUGAUGACGGGGAGGUUAAGGUUGACCCUGUUGUGCAAGCCGUAUCAGAUAUCAAGAGCAAUUUUGCUUUGCUAGAUCGCGCCGUGGUACUUUUCGAUGCCAGAUUUACUCUCAGAGCCCUGCGGUCCAUCUCAUCUAUCCGAAAACGUCUCACACCCGAUAUCCUCGCACAAGUCAUCGUUGAGACUUUCCCCGCAACAGUUUCCUCAGGGAAUGCCGCAAAGCAGCUUCUGAUUGCACUCGGGAAGGAACACCUACCGCUCGGCCGACAGCCAGGCCCUGAGAUGGAAGUUGACAGCGAGCCGAAGGCGCCCGUUAAGAACGGGGCCAAGAAGGAGGUUAAGGAAAUCAUUCCUGAGAUCGACAUCUUCCUCGGCAUCCUAAUUCAAGUUCAUCUGUUUGAUUCUAAACAGUUUGAGCGUGGUUCUGAGUUUUCACAAUACCUGUCCGGCCGCAUCCACAGCCUCAACCGCCGAACGUUAGACUCUCUCGCAGCCAAGGUCUAUUUCUACUACUCUUUGUUCAGCGAGAGCAUCGCGCCUCUACCUCCGUCACCGCAGUCUCCGAUUAUCGCCAUCCGACCUACCCUUCUCGCAGCUCUGCGAACAGCUGUCCUGCGAAAGGAUAUCGAUACUCAGGCAUCGGUCAUCGUUCUACUGCUGCGAAACUACCUCCUAACGUCUCACAUUGCCCAAGCGGACCUCCUGGUCUCACACACACAAUUCCCCGAGAAUGCUGCCAACAACCAGGUCGCACGAUUCCUCUACUAUCUCGGUCGCAUUCGCGCCAUCCAGCUCCGCUACACUGAGGCACACGAGCACCUGACGGCUGCGACCCGCAAGGCUCCUUCAAGUCAAUGCGCUCUUGGCUUCGCACAGACAGCCACCAAGCUUCUGCUUGUCGUUGAGCUUCUAAUGGGCGACAUUCCAGACCGAGCGACCUUCCGUCUGCCUACGAUGGAGCAGGCGCUGCACCCAUACUUCCUACUGGUCCAGGCCGUCCGAAUUGGCAACUUAGAAGAUUUCGAGACAACGAUUGCUGACCAUGCGGACACUUUCCGUCGGGAUGGGACCUACACUCUGAUUCUGCGCCUGCGGCAAAACGUCAUCAAGACCGGCAUUCGUAUGAUGUCCUUGUCAUACUCGCGCAUCUCACUGAGGGAUAUUUGCAUCCGACUACAUCUGGGUUCUGAGGAGUCUGCGGAGUACAUUGUGGCCAAGGCGAUUCGAGAUGGAGUUAUUGAGGCGACACUAGAUCGCGAGCGUGGCUUUAUGAAGAGCAAGGAGAUCGGUGAUGUGUAUGCUACGCGGGAACCCGGCGAGGCUUUCCACGACCGUAUUCGGGCGUGUCUUGCACUACAUGAUGAGAGCGUCAAGGCUAUGCGAUUCCCCAUGAACCAGCAUCGACUUGAGCUCAAGAAUGCCCAGGAGGCUCGGGAACGUGAGCGUGAAAUGGCCAAGGAGAUCCAAGAGGGUGAUUUGGACGAGGACGACCUGGGCGGCGAGUUUGAGGGCAUGUAA